AUGCGAUUUUUCCUAGCGCUACUCGUUUUUCCUGGUCUUGUCAUCGCAUAUCAAGCCUUUCUUAAAUCCGCUUUUUCUAAAGAAAACUCUGAGACUGUUUUGAAAGCGUUGGGCACGGGGAAAUGUCUGCGAAAUUGUCUUACCAACUUGACGCAAGCGCUCGGAAAUGUCGAUGAUGGGAAACUCUCAGAAACGUUGAACAAUUUGUGCAGCGCCUACAAGGAAACCACAGAAUGCAUCAAGAAAAAGUUCUGCGGUGGUCAAAUGGCAAUCGAUAUUACACUUAGCGGCUUGAAAGAAGCAUGCGGUGCACGUCGACAAAUCUUUAAAACAAUGGAGAAAUGUUUAGACGAAAAGGCGUCAACUGUAUACGAUGAGUGUGAAUUAAAAUGCGGCCUUGAGAACGCGACAAUGACCGUCUUGGAGUCGGAAGCUGUUCAGAAAGCGGUUAAACGAGGUGGUGGACCUUUGCUUGUUGCGAAAGCGGCUGGACCUUUGUGCCAAGCCGCCAUCUGCACAUUUCCCUGCUUGUACACCGAAUUGAACAAAGUUUGCCCACUCUCCGGGCAUUACAUUGUGGAUACACUGUUGACGCCGUUGGACAAAGGGGUGCGCUUCAUGGAGGCCGUUCACAUGGGGAAUUUGGCUCGUCGCCGAGCUCCGCAAGAAUGCGCUCCAUUGUUGGAUCGUCGCGGACUUGCGCAACUUCACCUCGGAAAAACGCCGAAUCCGAGUCAAUUCGUGAAUGGCAUUUCAUUUCUCGCAACCGGUGUCGGUCGAUUGAUCCUUCUGCUCGAUGGUGACUUUUACACACCAAUCACAAGCAUUCAAUGUAUCACCACAUAUUCUUGGCCUUCAUUGCUUUUAGUUGCUGGAACUUUGCCAGCUUGCGCGAAUCUCUCAUUGUCUCUUGAGAGACUUUUCGCAGUUCGUUAUCCUUCUCUGUACAGAUCGUGGAGUAAUUCGCAUAAAUAUGUACUCAUCAUUGGCUCCGUUAUUGUCUCAUUGUGCCUCUACCUCCUCGGCAUUCUCACCUCGUGGCUUUUCCCCACCCAAUCGCUUUCUCGUCUCUGCGCGGUGAUGGACAGCGCCGGUCCUUAUUUCGGGACAUUCCAUUAUUUGAUCAUUUGCAAGGCGUAUCUUAUCGGAUUUCAA